GGAGUAGAGAAGCCCACUGAAAACGUGAACAGCUCUUGGUUUGGUAACUAACUUGAAAUAUACCUACUUACCCUCACUGUUGGUUCGGAUUGUUUGAAGUACGUUCCACCCUGGAUGCGGCUAAGGAAUCACGAUUACAACACAUAAUGCCCACAAGUUUACUGCUUUUUAAGGCACCCGCUCUCCCAAACCCUCAAUUCUGUCAAAUCUGUCUGUAAUAGGAACAUUUUAAAUUACUUUGAUAGCUGUCACUCACCUUUCAGAUGUUCUCCAGGCUCCUCUGCAGUGUCAGUCCUCACAAGGACCAGCAAGCCUGUCUCGCCUUUUGUGGAGGGAAGUAGUUUCCUCCUCCUGCUGAGCAUCUGUGCUUUAAAGACAUGCGACUCUUUCAGGGAAAAGAAGUUUACUUAUUCUUGCCUUCCAGAUAUUAUGGCCGUGAACACUGUCAUAGCAACUGAAAAGCUCUGGCUAUCUGCAAACAAAGUGUGUUACUCUUAAGGCACUCUAGUGUAGCUACUUUGAAAAGAAAAAAAAAAAAAGCACUUGUCUACUUUUACUAUUGAUUGGCAGAGCCAUUCUUUAAUUAGAUCCACCCUGUCUCACAUGCCUUAAUUCUUUGGCUUAGAAACUAAACACCAUGCUGCACAGAAUGUGCCUAAGUGGAAUUAUACAGGCACUCUAGUGGCUAAUGUGCCACUUCUAAAGACCUGCUGUUCCUGUUAGCACGUGAAAGUAUAUGGCCAGGACUGCCAGCUCUUUUUACUCCUUUAGGAUAACGUAAAAGUUAAAUUAUAAAAGCAAUGAACUUAAGAGCAUGAUUUGGAAUCACAAAGGAAACAAGCACCGGAGAAUUAAAAAAAAAAGGAAAUAUUUUAUUGUCUUGCUGAUGGGCGAGUUGAACCAAAGUCUAUUUCAUACUUGGGCUGUGCAGUCUGACGUCUGAUCCUGUUUCAGUGUGAGAUGGCUUUCCCACGUGUAAAACCUGCUGCAGAUGAGACCGCGUUCAGUGAAGCCUUGCUGAAGAGAAACCAGGAUCUUGCUCCGACUGCUGCUGAACAGGCUUCUAUUCUUUCUCUGGUGACUAAGAUAAACAACGUGAUUGACAAUCUAAUUGUAGCGCCAGGAACUUUUGAAGUGCAAAUUGAGGAGGUUCGGCAGGUAGGCUCCUACAAGAAGGGCACCAUGACAACAGGGCACAACGUGGCUGAUCUGGUUGUGAUUCUGAAAAUCUUACCCACGUUGGAAGCUGUGGCAGCCUUGGGAAACAAAGUAGUGGAAAGCCUGAGAGCGCAGGAUCCCAGUGAAGUCCUGACCAUGCUGACCAACGAGACUGGCUUUGAGAUCAGCUCGGCCGACGCGACAGUGAAGAUCCUUAUCACCACAGUGCCUCCCAAUCUCCGCAAACUGGACCCAGAACUGCACUUGGAUAUCAAAGUGCUGCAAAGCGCUCUGGCUGCCAUCAGACACGCUCGCUGGUUUGAAGAGAACGCUUCUCAGUCCACAGUGAAGGUCUUAAUCCGGCUGCUGAAGGACUUGAGAAUUCGAUUCCCUGGUUUUGAGCCUCUCACUCCAUGGAUUCUCGACUUGCUGGGGCACUAUGCUGUGAUGAACAAUCCCACCAGGCAGCCCCUGGCUCUGAACAUCGCUUACAGGCGCUGCCUUCAGAUCCUAGCUGCAGGGCUCUUCCUUCCUGGAUCUGUUGGUAUCACUGAUCCGUGUGAGAGCGGAAACUUCAGAGUCCACACGGUUAUGACCCUCGAACAGCAGGACAUGGUGUGCUACACAGCGCAGACGCUUGUCCGGAUUCUCUCUCAUGGAGGUUACAGGAAAAUCCUUGGCCAAGAGGGUGACGCCAGCUACCUGGCUUCUGAAAUGUCCACGUGGGAUGGAGUGAUAGUGACGCCUUCUGAGAAGGCUUACGAAAAGCCCCCAGAGAAGAAAGAAGGAGAAGAGGAAGAAGAGAAUCAGGAAGAAACUGCCACAGGCGAGGAGGAGGAAAGCAUGGAGACUCAAGAGUGACUUGCCCAGUUUUGACUCCCCACCUCUGAAUGCUGCUGGCUGAGGCACGUGAAGAACUGCUCCGGGAACUUAGCCUCUGCCCAGCGAACGCACCGAGCUGAUGUGACCUGUUCCUUGUAUUUGUCUUGGUUUUUAUAGGUUGACAUUAAACUGCUCCUCCUUUUGA